UCAUCAGUUCCAUCGAGAACUCUUCCGCUUUCCGCAUCGUGGUUCUUUUCUCUUUUUGCGAUUUCGAUGGCCACAGUCACUGCCACCGUCGACCACCGCAACCACCUCCACCUCGAAUCUAUCCCCGUCGUAGACUUCCGCCUCCUCUCCCAACCCGAACUCCUUUCCCUAUCUUUAUGCUCAUCUUCUCCUUCUCUUUCCAAUGCCGAAACCGAACUGUUCACUCCCAAAAUUGACCGCUCCGUUUUCAACGAGUCCGCUGGUAGUCGGAAACAGACUUUCUUCCGUCUCCGAUUCGGCGGUUCCCGCAGCCACCUACACGACCAACAUUCCUCUCGUUCGUCCGAACCCUUCCCUCCUCCUCCAAACCUAAACCCUGAGUCUCUUGACGAAGAAAGCUCUAACGCCCUCUCUCUGCUUAAAUCACUUUUCAACAUCGAUGAUUCGCUGCCUGCUAACCCGUAAUCGAUGAACCGUACGACGAUAAGGAUCUUGUGCCGGUUCAAAUCGAAUAUCCGAACGGGAGCUCGAGUUUGCUGAAUAUUCCAGUCGGCAUUGUUAGUAGUAGUGUAGGAAAAAGGAAGCGAGGUAGGCCGAGGAAGGACGGGAAAGAUAAUUGGCUGAUUGAGAGCGAGCGUUUACCAGUAGAGGAAUGUAAAGAAACGGAAACCUUAGAUAAGCCAAAUGAGACACCUGAUGCCGGUAACAGUAGCAGUUGUAACGGAGUGAAGAGGAAGAGAGGGAGGCCACGAAAGGAGGAGAGUCAAAGUAGAAUGAUUGGAACGAGCAAAAGAAAUUUGAGAGCGAAAUUGAGAGGGCAGCAUUGGGGAAUGUGGAGGAGAUUCUGGGAAUUGAAGAAGAGUUGAGGAGGAGGACUGAGGGGAUUGUGACAGAGGCGCAACUUUUUGAGUUUAUGGGGGUUUAGAAGGGGAUUGGUUGACUAAAAGCCAUAAGAAGAGGAUUGUUGACGCCGCUGGGUUUGGGAAUAUUCUUCCACAAGGGUGGAAGCUUUCGCUCUUUGUGAAGAGGAGAGGCAACCUUUUUUGGUUAGCUUGUAGCCGAUACAUAAGCCCUAAUGGGCAACAGUUUGCGUCCUGCAAAGAGGUUUCUUCAUACUUGCUCUCCUUUGGUGGACUUAAAGAUUCAAGCUUGGAAACUUCGAAUCUCGCUGACAGUGGCAUUGAUUUUGGUGUCAAACCCUCAUCUGGAAAUUUGCCAAAUACAAAUAGAGCUUCUGAACCCGAGAAGCGAGCUCCCUUACAAAGAAUGGAUAUUCCAAGGGAAGUCCAGAGAGUUGAAAUAAUAAAAUGCCACAAAUGCACCAUGACUUUUAAUUUGCAAGACGAUUUUAUAUGCCACCUGCUAUCAUCUCACAAAGGAUCACCAAUGAGUUCUGGACAAGGUACCUCAACUAAUGGGGAGGUAAAAAACAAAACUGGAAAAUAUGAGUGCCAGUUUUGUCAUGAACUAUUUGAAGAGAGGAAUUGCUACAGUAGUCAUCUUGGGAUCCACAUAGAAAACAAUAUGAAGAAAGUUGAAGGUUUUGUUGGAGAGCAAAACACCAUGCAGCCAAUAAAUUCUUCUGACAACAGUGAAAUGGGACUUGGUUUUCGCUGCAGUGAAUCUAAUGAAAAUCCUUUGGUUCAAACGCUUACUGAUAACAAUCAUGAGAGCAAUUUAUUGUCCCGUGAUGAACAGGAUAAGGUUAACAAGGAGAAAGUUUUAGCUGAGAAAAACUGUGAUAAACAAGGUAAAUUCUAUUCCGCAAUUGGUAAUAAAGGAGACGGCAAUGAUACUACUGCAGCUGCUGAUCUUAAUGUUUGUUUGGGUUCUGAAAACGUCUUGUUUACGGCUGAUAAAGAAGGGAUUUCCCAACCUUCACGUAAAGUAGAUGUAGGAUUUGCCCUUCCAGUGGAGGAGAAGAAGAGAGAGUUUGCUUCGAAUACCAGUUUCCUUGCUCCAAAUGCUAAGGGAAACAUCAUUAAUGAUAUGAAUAUUGAGGAUAGACAUUUUCCUAUCUUUUUGAAAGGAAUGGAAGCUGAUUUGAAGGAUAAAGCUACAAGGGAUGAUCGAAAAGUUGGUUGUGCUGAUACUAGCAUAGGGCUGGAUAAUGUCAGAAUUGAUGCUAAGCCGGAAAAUUACAGUGAAGGUUAUUCACUCAUUCCUUCUGGCAACAAACAAGGAGUCAAUCUCGUAGAUCAUUUGAAGGGGGCUUCUGUUACAAUAGAUUCUGCACAUAAAAGAGGUUCUGGGUGUGGUUUAACUUCGUCUAAAGAUGAUCAAACGUAUGUCAUCAACAAUAAUUUGAUUCUUGUCUCUAGAGCAUUAGAUAAUCCGGAAUCUAUUAUGGUCAAUGAGUCUUCAAGUAUUGAUCCUACUGUUUGUUUUCAAAGCCAUCUCCCUGUGAAGAAACCCUCACACAAGAAAAGUGAGACUGUAUUGCAUACAAUCACAUGGAAGGGAUCAAAAUUUUCCUUCUGACAAUAAUGCAUUUAAGGUCUUUAGCCGGA